UGUAUAAUGUAUGAUACAUAAAAAAUGAGAAAAAUAUAUCUAAUACAUGAACAUGUAUGAAAAUUUAAUUUUUCCACCGUGUCACGCUCAUUUAUAACCCCUUGGCAUAUCCAAUUCCGCACGAUUCCCUCGUAUAACUACCGAUUUCCUUUUUUGGGGAAAAAAGUACGAUAUUAUUAUGAAAAAGUAAACGCGCCGCCGUGACUCGGUCGUAAUCGCCACAGCUCCGCUCGCAUAACGUUCAUUCAACCGUUAUAAUCGACCCAAGAAACGUUAAUACGGAGAUCCGCGAAAGCAGUAGUGUACGCAAAUACAUAAUAUCGAAGCGAUCUUUAUCUCGCACAUAUAUGCGGAGCCGCGAAUAAAAAGCUCAUCUUUUGCCACGUCACGCCGCGAACAUUAUAUACCUAUCCUACUACAGGCCACGAGCAUCUCGCGUAUGAGCCGCGCAUUCAAUGCAUGCACAUUCACCUGUUACGAGCCGGCCACACCGUAUACCUAUAUAGACCUACUGCAAAUAUUAAAGUCAUCUUAUGCAGUGGCCGCGCGGCGCAGCAGCAGCAGCAGCAGCAGCAGCAGCAGUCAUAGCCUAACGACAGUGUGAGCGCGUCUCUUGCACCGUAUACACUCGCACGCGGUCGCCACGAUAACGAUAUAUAAGUUUUAUGUGAAAAAAAUUAAUCAUAAUAAUAAUCGCACGAGUGCGAGCCCGAGCCGACGACGUCAUCCCGAACGAUCUUUCGCUCGAAAAGACCGAAUUAAUUGAAAAAGGAAAGAGAUAAGUCCAUUGCGUUACAGGUGAAACAUAUUUCAUUUCGCAAUGUUCGAUCAAUCCACACCAGCGGCUCGAUUGUUCGUAUACGUGCCAGUCAAGUCAGCGACGUCAGCCGCACGAUGAUGAAGAGAAACCUCAUCAGCUGGUUCAAGUUCGCUGUGCUAGCUGUGUUUACGGUUUUUCUCACCACCCUCAUCUUUCGACUGAUUCGUCCACCCCGCAGUGUCGCGAGAUUGCCGACAAAUCCCAAGGCCUUGCCAUUGAAAGACGCACAGAAUCCGAAAUGGAGAGCUCGCUUGGUUCAGCAUCCAGCUGGCCUCGACGUCGACGCAGAGGGAAAAAUAGAUUGGCAUGAUUAUAAGGGAAUUCAAGAGGAUGACAAGCGCACUGGAGUUGGAGAGCAUGGUAAACCUGCAUCGUUGUCACCACUCAUGAAUGAAAUUGAAGAAGCACUGUACAAGGUAAAUGGUUUUAAUGGAGCAUUGAGUGACCAGAUUUCCUUGAAUAGAUCUAUACCAGACAUAAGACAUCCAGAAUGCAAAAACAAACGAUACUUGAAAGAUUUGGAUUCUGUCUCAGUGGUCGUCUCUUUUCACAAUGAGCAUUUUAGUACUUUGAUGAGGACCUGCUGGAGUGUAAUCAAUCGCUCGCCUCCAUCUUUGCUCCAUGAGAUUAUUUUAGUAGAUGAUGCGAGUACAAAGGUUGAGUUAAAAGAUAAACUUGACAAGUAUGUAAAAGAAAACUUACCUAAAGUAAAAAUAAUAAGACUGCCUAAGAGAUCUGGACUUAUAAGAGGAAGAUUAGCUGGAGCUCAAAGAGCUACUGCAAAAGUUCUUGUAUUUCUUGAUUCCCAUACUGAAGCUAAUGUUAAUUGGUUACCACCUCUCUUGGAACCAAUAGCUAGAGAUUAUAAGACUUGUGUGUGUCCUUUCAUAGAUGUUAUUGCUUACGAUACAUUUGAGUACAGAUCUCAAGAUGAAGGUGCAAGAGGAGCAUUUGACUGGGAAUUGUACUAUAAAAGACUACCUUUAUUGCCAGAAGAUUUGGAAAAACCAUCAGAACCUUUCAAGAGUCCUAUUAUGGCUGGAGGUUUGUUUGCAAUAAGUGCUAAAUUCUUCUGGGAACUUGGAGGAUACGAUCCAGGCUUAGACAUCUGGGGUGGUGAACAGUAUGAAUUAUCAUUUAAAAUAUGGCAAUGUGGUGGUGAAAUGUAUGAUGCUCCAUGCUCUAGGGUUGGACAUAUUUACAGAAAGUUUCCUCCAUUUCCGAACCCUGGUCGUGGAGACUUUUUGGGUAAAAAUUAUAAAAGAGUGGCCGAAGUGUGGAUGGAUGAGUAUGCUGAAUUCAUUUAUAGAAGGAAACCUCAUUUAAGAGUCAUGGAUCCAGGAGAUUUAUCGCAACAAAAAGCAUUAAGAAAAAAAUUACAAUGCAAACCUUUCAAAUGGUUCAUGGAGAAUAUUGCUUUUGAUCUUGUUGAAGUUUAUCCUCCUAUUGAGCCUGAUGAUUUUGCUUAUGGUGAAAUAAGAAAUGUUGGAAGUCCUGAUGUUUGCUUGGAUGCAACUCAUAGAAAUAAAAAUGAUGAUCAGGUAUUUGUAAAUACUUGUGUGAAAGAUAAUCCAAAAAUUAUUGGUCAACAAGAAUUUCAAAUGACUUGGCAUAAAGAUCUACGCCCAAGUAAACAAACAGAAUGCUUAGAUGUCUCAAGUGGAGGCAAUAAAGCUCCCAUAACUUUAUAUCCAUGUCAUGGAAAAGAAGGAAAUCAGCUUUGGCGUUAUGAUGUUGAAAAACAAUGGUUAAUUCAUGGCAGUAACAGAUGCUUGGACAUGGAUGAAUCAGUUAUGAAGGCUUUUGUUUCUAAAUGUGAUACUACAUCUCUAACUCAAAAAUGGAUCAUAGAACAUGUCAAUAUGAAAGCAAUUAGAAAUUGGGAUAAUAUUGGUACAAAAGCUAGAAGACCUGGUCUUUAAAGCAACCUUUUAUUUUGCCAUUAAAAUUACUAGUCAUUGUGUUGACUUUUUAAAAAAUGGACUUUUCAUUGCAAUGAAAGAAACAUUAUAAAACAAGAGACUUAAAAAGAAUGUGUAUUGUGCCUUAAAAAAAUUUUUUUGUUGAAUUAUAAUUCAGGGUGUUUGCAUGAAAACUUAAGUUGACAACUUUUUUAAAGAUUAUUUCAUGAAAAAUGUUCAUUUUGUUUUGAGCACAGCCAUUGUGAUAAAAUGAUUUAUUUUCAUUGUGAUUAUAUUUAAAUGCAAUAAACCAUUCCAUGCGUUCAAAAGUGGUUUUAAAAUAAGGUUGCAACUUUUCUACAAUAUGUUAAAUUGUAAUGUUAAGGAAAAUUCUACACUGUGGUAGCUUAAAAAUUUGUGUUAUUUGUUAAAUAUUUUAAUUUUUUUAAAUUAAAGGCUGCCUGUGGUUGAGGCUCUUGAUUUAUUUAUUGCUUAUUUAAUGUCUAUUGAAAUGUCUUCUAUUUUUUUAUUUUUAUACUAAUUAAUUGUAAAUAGAGAAUCAAAAUUAUCAUUAUAUUUCAAUAUCCAUAUCACUUUAGCAUUAAGUGCUUUAUAGGCAUAUGGAGUGAUUGAUGUACAUAAUAAAUCAUAGGAAUUGAGCUCAAAGUAUGAAAAAUUAAAUCGUAAAUCAAUGCAGAGAUUAAAUACAGUUGUAAAGCUCCAUUAUAUAUAUUAUUCGUUUGCAUAAUGUACACAAAAACAAUUUUCACAGCAUUAAACAUCAGCUGUCAUAGUUUUAUAAAGAAAAUGGGUAGCUCUUGCAAUAUUUAA